AUGGGUCUCAAAACGCCAUCUCUACCAUGUGUUUUCCCAUUUCUUUAUGAGGGAAAAUAUUAUCCUUCGUGUACCACAGAUGGUUCCAGCAAAGAUAUAUCCUGGUGUGCAUUAACUGAUAACUAUGAUGAAAAACGCCUGUGGAAACAAUGUGCUGUUACUGAGUAUGGAGGCAAUUCAGGAGGAAAACCCUGUAUCUUCCCCUUUCUUUAUAUGAGUCAUGUUUACUACACCUGUGCAGGCAAAUCUGACCGUAAAGGACCAUUCUGGUGUUCUACAACAGGGGACUAUGAUAAGGAUAAGAAAUGGAGCUACUGUGCUGAUACCAGACUUGAUGCAAAUUAUCCUACUAGUCCAUGCAUCUUUCCUUUUAUCUUUGAAAAUAAUCUUUAUUCAACUUGUACAAUAGAUGGAAGAUCUGACGGAAGGCUUUGGUGUUCUAUUUCAAGUAAUUUUGAUUUUGAGCCUAUGUGGACAUACUGUGAGCCUUCAGAUCCUGCCCCUUGCAGUUUUCCCUUCGUAUACAGGAACAAAUCCUAUUAUUCCUGCACCACAGAGGGGGCUUUAUACAAUCAGCUAUGGUGUGCCACAACCCCAAACUAUGAUAAUGACAGCAAGUGGAAAUCAUGCUCCUUUCAAGAAUAUGGUGGGAACUCCAAUGGCCAGCCUUGUGUCUUUCCUUUCAACUAUAAAGGAGAGGAAGUUACCACUUGCAUUGAUGAGGAUGAGAAGAAUGAGAAGAAUGGGAGAUUUUGGUGUGCCACUACAGAGAAUUUUGAUGCGGACAUGAAAUGGAGUUUCUGUGCUGAUACACAUAUGGAAUCAAAAGAGCCUUGUUUUUUCCCUUUUGCCUACAAAAAAAAGCUUUACUCAGAGUGUACAACUGAUGGUACCUCAGGCUGGAAACUCUGGUGCUCCCUCACUGCCAAUUAUAAUACAGAUCACAAGUGGAGGUACUGUGAGCCUUCAGACACUCCUUCCUGUGUCUUUCCAUUUAUUUACCAUGGGAAAUCCUAUUAUUCUUGCACCAAAGUUGAUAGCCUGAACGGUCCAUGGUGUGCCACAACUGCAAACUAUGAUAAAUCUUCUCAAUGGAAGUAUUGUGCCACUAAAGAAUAUGGUGGUAAUUCUGGUGGAAAACAAUGUACAUUCCCCUUUACAUACAAGAAACGAACGUAUUAUACUUGCACAAAUGAAGAUGCAGAAAUAGGAAGAUUCUGGUGCGCAACAACUGGGAGUUAUGAUAAGGAGAAACAAUGGAGCUACUGUGCUGAUACUAGACUAGCUGCAAAUUCACAGGGGCCUUGUGUGUUUCCUUUUAUCUACAAGGGGCAAUCCUACCAAGCUUGCACAAAAGCUGGGUCUUCUGGUGGAAAGCUCUGGUGCUCUUUGAGCAGCAACUAUGAUAGAGAACCAAAAUGGACUUACUGUACACCCUCAGAAUUAGGUCCUUGCAAAUUUCCCUUCCGAUUCAACAACAGAUACUACUAUCGUUGUACAAGAGAAGGUGCAUCUGAUGGCCAAUUGUGGUGUGCCACAACUGCAAACUAUGACCAGGACAGUAAAUGGAGGGCAUGUGCCACUGAAGAAUAUGAAGGCAAUUCUAAAGGCAAGCGCUGUGUCUUUCCAUUCACCUACAUUGGGAAAAGAUUCAAUUCUUGCACCAAUGAAAAUUCAGAGGAUGGAAGAUUUUGGUGUUCUGUCACAAGUAACUAUGACAAAGACCGGCAAUGGAGCUACUGUCCUGAUACAAGACUGUAGACCAGGAAGGCCUGUUGGACAAUAUGUGUGAUUUCUCAGAUUACCAAAAUCAAGAAAAUAUUGGAUGUUUGUGAUUCCUGGGAAGAUAAUUUUUGAACAGAAAUUAUAGUUAUAUGCCAUUUAUCACUUUACCUUUGCAAACUUAUUACUGCAGAAAAGAUAUGUCUAGAUUUUCUAGAAGCGAUCACACUUUGCAUUACUUUACUGUGACCUGUCUUUAUUCAUAAUUGUGCAUGAAAGAAUCACCUAAGAAAUUAUUUUAUUGCCAGAUGUGGCCAGUUCCUAGACUCCACUUACUUGCUGUCCCACUUUUUAGUAGCUUCCAGGGCACCUUUAUUUGUGCCACCAGAAUUUAUAAGGAAUCAAUUAAUUUCCAUCAUUUUAAGUUUAUUUUAAAUUCUUAUCUUUAGAAUAUUGUAGGCUUAAAGGAUAAUUUUUAAUUGAAUUUCCUUGUAAUGUUUAAUAUUUAAAACCUGAUAAAAUAUAUUUCUUAUGUUACUUUGUUCAUUAUGGCAUUCAAUACUGUAAGGUAUAGCAGAAAAGGAAGCAUACUUCCACUGGCAUUUGCCCACUCUUAUAGAAGAAAUAUGUACGAUUGUGACAUCUUCUUGCUUUGCUGAAUGGCUCCUGAUCAUUUCUAAAUGUCUGAUUCUUCAUAAUAAAUAUUUUUAG